AGUGUUGCCAUUGUCUCUAGUUACAUUUUCAGCCAAAUAUGUAAAGUUCAGUGUUUGCUCGCAUAGAUGCAAAUUAGAAUAUUAUUUUCUUUGGUCUUUAAUAAAGCUAUUGAAUAACAUUUUGAUCGAUGAGUCUGAAGAAAUGCUCGUUUUGGGUGGUCAGAAAUCUCGUAAAUAAAAGUGUUGACCAUCGCGUUCAUGUCAUAUAAUAAGUCUAUAGAUCUAAGUAAGUAAAGGUAUCCACGCGUCGUCUUCUUGUACGCGAAUUGCGGAAACAAUACAAGCUCGAUAGUGUUUGAUUUUCGAUUUUGAUAGUAGGAUAUCAAAAGAAUAUCUCAUGUUGUGUUACGCGUGAUAAGAAUUUCAUGUGAAUAAUUCGAGUUCGGUUUGUGCAUUGUGCCGUUGACUAGCUAAUUUUAGUUGUAUGUGUACUGUUUUUUUUUCAAUCGGUUGUGCGUUUUUGGUUUCUGUAUCAUGAAUUACUCGAAUCGAAUAAAGUGAUUUUAAUGAAUUGAACGUUAUUUAUCUCUGGCUUUUCAUUGAAAAUUGCGCAAGACGGAAUUGAACUCAAAAUGGAAUCUGAUCAUUCGCAAGAACCCGUUUCAGAUUUUCAUUUCACUCCACGGACUUUGCUGGACAUGGCUGUAUCAAAAUACGCGUUCAUUAGCUGGCGGUAUAAUAUUAGUUACCUUCCGCACCUCCCGACGAGUAUUCGGUCGAUGAUCAAUGAAAAGAUCCAAUCAAUUAGUAAAGAGAUCAAGAAUUGGCAUAAGAAUUCUGGAAGAUUCGUCGGCGAUAUCCCUCGUAAAGUUAUGAUUAACUGUGUAGCUUUCAACGCAGCUGGCGAUAUUUGCUCUAGAAGAACAGUGAAAAAUUUACUCGCGACAAAUUUGCUGGAAAUCGAUUCAAUGAAACAGUUCGAGAUCGCUUGUGAAUUUUGCAUCAAGGAAGAUGUUGAACGUUUGUGGCCAUUGGUCAAAGAUGAGAAGCUAUUCCACGAAAACAGAUUUGAGUUCUCGCAUGAGGCAUCAUCGGAUGAAAGGAAUUAUUGGUGUUCACGAAUGCGAGGCCAAUUGAAGAAAUUCUACGGAUCGGAAGAAAAAUCGCCCGAAUGGUACAUGAUUUCCAAUGACGAGGUUCCUUUCUUUUAUUGGCUUAACUCGGCAGCACUCGAGUACUUUUGGUGUAAGUUAAACACGCAAGAAAAACAUUCCCUCGUGGACAGAAUUUUGGAGUCGUAUCCAGAUGAUUAUUUUUACGACGCAAUAUAUUUCCAGAGUCCGAACUAUGAUAGAAAACUCUCAUCUCGAAUGAUGAUGAACUCUUAUGAUACGGUGCUGAGAAACUGUGUAUCAAAAUGGCCUGUACUUAUUGAACAUUUUGCCAUAGAUGAUGUCUAUUGCCAAUAUGCUUUACAGCUUUGGAACUACGGUAAGAGUUCAAUCUUCGAGGGUGUCGCCUUCUUUGAUAUUUUGUUUCGUUUAUCGACAAUGGCAUAUAAGUGCGAAUAUGAGUCUGUAGCGAUCGUACUCAAAGAAAUAUGGCGUUCUGCUCCGGAUCAUUUGAAAAAUUACGUUACUUCGAAUGAGGACGACGAUCACGUUGAAAGCUUGUUCCAUGUUUGUUUAAGGUACACAAACACAUCGAGUUUUGGUCGCGAUCUUGGUUUUUUGUUUGAUUUACUAAAAGAUGCUAGCUUUGAAAUCAGGCUACAAGUAUGGCGCAGUUGGUGGCUAAAAUUGGCUGGUUUCGCCAAAGUCCCAAAUCUACGAGAAUUUAUGACGUUGUGUUUUGAAAAUGUAAACGAUAUUGUCAAGUUUAAAAAAACCGAAAUGUUAGAUUACGAAAUAAUGCGAUAUAAUUUUGUUAAUUUCGUGCGAUCGGAAUUGUUCGUAGAGCUAUCCGAGUACCUCAUGUUUUGUUGUUCGGAUGCUAACGACGAAAAACUUGCGCGUAUUGUAAGGACGAGAAUAAUUCUUGAACACAUGGACUGGAUCAAUGAGCGUGAUUCUGAUUCCACUCUGAGUAAAUUUUUUAAAUUUUUCGACGGUUGUUUUACAUUGUCAGAAGCAGCCGAAUUGCUAGAAUGCCACCUUCCAGAUAAAGAUACCAGUCUGUUGUUAUUGUGGAUUUCAUUCAGCUGUUUUAAAUCAUUUAAAAGACUACUGCGUUGUUUGAAGUUUUCCCAUCAACGGUUGAUGGAACUGAAGCGAUUUUUCCGCGAAAGAUGUCUGCAUGUUUUGACGUUCGGUAAUUUUAAUUCAUUAUCCGUGGACGAUUGGGAUAAGUUUCUGAAAUGGUGUGGCCUCAGUCCGGAAGAAUUAUCUGAAUUAAGAUGUAGCAUUCGGAUAGAUAAUCUGAUGGAAAAUUUUCUGAUCAAUGUGUACAAGUCGUCGGUGUUUUGAUGGAACUAUCGUGACUCUUUUAUCGCUACGUGUUUCGAAAAUAUUGGUUUUAAAUCGAUCGAUGGAUUUUUACGAUGGUAUUUCGGGAAUGAACAAGCUGUGAAAGAGUACAAAUUGCGUAAAAUAAAUGAUUACGAGAAUAGCGAGGCGAUUAAAUUGUUUUUAAAAGGAGAUAAAAUGGUUCGUGCACGUUUUCAGAAUUGGCUUACGCAGUGAAUAUUUUUUAAAAAUCAUUUUGUAUUUUUAUCGUUGAGAUAUUCAAUUACUUAAUUAGAUUGUGAAUUUUCAGAUCAAUUUUUUUUAGUAGAAUCUGAUGAAGUUUUAUUCUCUUUGUGUUUUCUAGAAAUAAUAGAGAACUUUUUGAAAGAAAAAAAUUCGGCUAAUUUCUGUAGUAAUGUUUUCAGCUCGUAUUAACGUAGUAAGGCCUAUUGUUUGUUUAGUUGGUUGGUUGAUUUUUUCAAAUUAAAAAAAAAAAAGUCCGCAACAUUUAGAGUAAUUGCCGAUUUUAAUUUUAUACGCAAUUCAAUCGAAUGGAUCUAUUUUUAUGGUUAUAAUUUUAUUUUGCUGUAAAAUUUAUUUUUUCAACUCAGAUAGAGCAUUUUUAAGAUUGUAAAUGUUGCUGAAUGGGCCGAUUUUUUGGAUUUUUUAUUGAAAAUAAAUUUCGUUGUUGUAUAGUUUCUUGGAUAACUUUUUGUAAUAGGUACGAGUAUGAGGAAGAAAUUGAGAAAUACAAAAAUUGACUCUUCGUAGAACUUUGAAAUGGAUCAUUGCGAAAUUCCCAAUUUGAAUUUGAAAACUCGCAACUUCAAAUUCAUAAUUUGCCAACUUUUUAAAACUUCCUAUUUCGCAAAUGGGAAAAAGCGAAAAU